AUGCUAGAUGUUGUUAUAAUCGGAGCCGGGCUCUCCGGGCUUCAAGCGGCUCUAUCAUGCAAAGAGGCCGGGUUGUCGCUCAAGGUUCUCGAAGCCAGAGAUCGAGUGGGUGGAAAGACAUGGUCCAUACCCUUGAAGUCCGGAUGCGGCAAAAUGGAACUUGGGGCAGCUUGGAUCAACCCACACAAGCAGCACCGUGUCGGGCGAUAUGCGCGCCAUUUCAACUUGCACACGGUGAAGCAACGUGUAGUUGGUAAAGCUGUUAUGCAGACUAAGGACGGAAGACGCUUUGAGCAUCCGUUUGGAACGACUCCAGGUGCCUCGGAGGAGGAGCGGAAAGACCUCGAACGCGUGCGAGACCAUAUAUCAGCCAUUUCUCUCAAGCCGGCCGACCUAUCGCAAUUAGAAGAUGAUAAGGCCACAGUUGACGAAUAUGUUCGCAAUCUCGAUGCACUUCCAUCGACCCUCUUAAUGGCAAACCUCUGGACUCAAGUCAUGCAUGGAGUUGAGUCUACGGAAGAAUCUGCGGCUUUCUUCAUGGACUACUGUCGACACGUCGGGGGCUUUCCGGUCAUUCGCGCGGAUGACGAGACUGGCGGCAACUAUCUGCGCAUCAUCGAAGGCACCUUACAAAUAGCCAACGGUAUUGCUGCUCUUCUCGGCCAUGCGAAUAUACAACUAUCUUCUCCUGUUUCAUCCGUCAAGCAGCAGCGCCAGCAUGUCGAGGUAACAACAGUGGAAGGCAGAAAGAUCCUUGCGCGCAGAUGCAUCAUGUCGAUACCCAGUGCAAUGUUCCGAACAAUUGACAUCUUCCCGUCUUUACCCAAAGGCUUUGAAUCGAUCGCUAACGCAUCUCGACUGGGGGAUUACACCAAAGUAGUGGUCUGUUAUAACACUCCCUGGUGGCGUGAAAUGGGAUUCAAUGGAAUCUUCAACAGUUUCGUUGGCCCUGUCAGCUCUGGCCGCGACACCUGCAUUGAGGAAACCAAAACAUACUGCAUCACCUGCUUCGUCAAUGGCGAGAACUCGAGACGAUGGAGCCGACUCUCUCUCGAGGACCGGAAAAAUGCGAUCUUGAAGCAGCUGGCAAGCAUCUUUAAUGUCGGUCCUGACCAUGAGGUAUACCGCCCACUUGAGGUGCAAGAGCAAAUCUGGAAGAACGAGCAAUAUAGUCACGGCGCUUUAACACCAAUUCCAGCCCUCGGCCACUAUACCCGGCACGCCGAUGUCUACGGCAAGUCUUUUCAAAACAUGCAUUUCGUCGGAACAGAGUACUCGCGGGAGUGGAAGGGAUAUAUGGAAGGGGCGUUGUGCUCAGGUGAGCAGGGCGCUGCCGAAGUCAUCGCGCUGCUUAAGCAAACGAAGGCUCUGGCGAGCGCGAAACUAUAG